AUGUCUCAAAGUCGAGAUAUCGGAGAGUUGCUUUUUGUUUGGGAGCAAUGGCUCGACGGAGAGGGUGACGGCGAGCGGCAAAACCCUAAUCUCGAAGUUGGUUGUGGACUCCAAUCUUGCAAAGUAGCGACACCUUCUGUUUGGCCUAUUAGUUACCAUGAAGGAUCUGCUCUUCGAAUUUCGUUAACGACAGGAUUAUAUCUUGGACCGUUACUUGCGUCUUAUUCGGAGAGUUUGUCGAGGACGCACGACAUCGCUUCCUUCUGGAUCAUACGCACCCCAAUCAAACAACCACAAGUUAGACUUGUUCAAUCCCUGACUUGGCCUCCUACCGUCUCGCAACCUAUUGAGUGUGUUUGGCAAGUCUUGGAUCCUUGUAUUAAAGCUCUUCAACGAAUUCUACUCGUCCUUGAGGCCAUCCUCCUUUAUGGAGAGAAAAAGUUGUUCUCCUUUAUGGAGAGAACCAUUCCUUCAUGUCUGUUUUUCCUAACCAUUCUUCUGACUUGUGUAGAAGAUGUAAUGCGUCUUGACCCGGCGAGACCUACGGUUAUGGAGUCCUUUUUAACGUCACGUUGUCGUAUGACAGUGACCACUCAUCAACCUCCCGAAUUGUUCGUGGAAGUGCUUGCGACCAACCAUGACGUUGCUUGUGGCAAGAUGCUCUUUAGCUCAUGUCUCCAAUUGUUUGUGGAUCUACAGUCGUUUUAUCCUAAUUAUCUAUAUGUUGCAUCGACGUGUGCUUUGUCUUUGAGUUUCAAAGCUUUGAUGUUCUGGGAACUCUUUUCUAUCUUUGUAAUAUUUUGCUUCGGUUGA